CUGUUACGCUACUCUGUGGGUUUUAUUCUCGUGCUUCAAAAAGCCUUGUACAGCUGUACUAUGACUUUAUUUCACAUUUUCAAGUUAAAGGCCAGUUUUGUCUGUCAUGUCCAGAAAUCUCGAAUUUGUCAGAAGUUUACUCCACGUAUCGAUUACAGAAACUUUGCAAUAGUCCCCUCUUCAAAUCCAGAUAUUCAUACCACUGGUCGGUGUACUUUAAUGCCAGAUCAAUCGGUUCCUCGUCAAAUCCCUCUUUCAUCCUCAAUUCGAUUACGGGACUCUACUGCUGUUGAACUUCGACAGGAAUUUAUUAAUUUUUUUCAUAGACAUAAGCAUUCAAUUGUAGCACCUGCUUCUGUAUUUCCAAAGCGUCAUGAAGGAAGUUAUUUCAUCAAUGCAGGUAUGAACCAGUUCAAGUCCAUAUUUCUCAACCAAUGGGAUAGUGUAUGUUCAGAGUUUAAACAAUUGCGACGUGCUACUAAUUCACAACCGUGUAUACGAAUCGGUGGUCGACAUGAUGAUUUAAAUGAUGUUGGCUAUGAUAGACAUCAUCAUACAAUGUUUGAAAUGUUAGGCAGUUGGUCAUUCGGGGAUUAUUAUAAGGAAGAAACAUGCGCAUUAGUUUGGAAAUUUCUUACCGAAGUACUGAAUCUACCGACCAAUUCAAUUUAUAUCACAUAUUUUGGCGGUGAUCAGAGAAUAGGACUUCCACCAGACGAUGAAACACGUAAUAUUUGGUUAAGAUUAGGUGUAAUGGAUCAAAAGUUAAUGCCAUUCGGUAUUGAAUCAAAUUUUUGGCGUGCAAGUCAAUCUAGCGGUGGGGGUUUGUGUGGUCCAUCAACAGAAGUUCACAUUGAUUUCAAAGCACUGACUGGUGGGGAUCAAUUGGACUGUGCGAGAUGUCUAGUGAAUACUGUUAGUCCACAAGUUGUAGAGCUGUGGAAUUGUGUAUUUAUAACGCAUCGUAUUCUGCCUAAUAAUGAGAAUAAUAAUAAUAACAGUAGUGCUGCUGAAGAUCACAUAAAACCAGAACAACUUGUACCACUAGCUAAAACAUUUGUAGACACUGGCAUGGGAUUGGAGAGGUUAGCUUGUGUGAUGCAGGGUAUCACAUCGAAUUAUGAUUCGCAUGAUUUUCAUGAAUUAAUGGAGUUCAUCCAUUCGAAAGCUAAUUCAUCUGGUCAGUCGAUUGUACCUGAAUAUCAAGGUCUAUUUUUCUUAUCUAAUCAACAAGAAUUACUAGAGAAAACACAUACCAGUGAAUCAUUACAGAAAGAAGGAGGUGAUCAGUCGGCGAAUGCAUUCACCUCUUUGUGGCAUACACUAUCUCAUAUAUCGUCACCAUCAACAUCGAGUGCUCUUUGUUCAAAAUCCCAUCUUGCUUCAGACCAGUCUUGGAAAGACAGACAUAAUGGCCAAAAUGAUCUUUUGGAUGUAUGGCAUAGAGAUACAGCUUAUCGAAUAUUAGUGGAUCAUAGUCGGGCUAUAGCAUUUGCCUUAGCUGAUGGUCUGCUACCUGGACGGCAAGGUUUAUCGCUUAAAAUCCGCCAACUAAUGUAUCGAGCAUUUCGUGCCUCAGCAUUAACUGGUCUUGAUAACUGUCUGGUGGGCGACAGGAAUUCAUCGGAGAAAGUGAAAUCUCUACUUGGUGCUUUAGUGUGUCAAGUAGCUAAACAACAUGUUCACAGACUUCAUGCCUAUUUUAAUAGUAUGAAUGCUGUAAGGGGACCUAAUUCCAGUGGGAAUUCAGAUGGUUUGACACCUGAACAAAUGGAAUCUGUCGUCAAUGAAGAAUUAACUUCCUUCGCACCUCGGUUACUACAAAUGGAGCAGUCAUUUAACCGAUGUUUAGAAGAAUGCAAUAAUGAAAUACAAUUGUCGACGGAACAAGUAAUGAAGCUUAUGAAUGGUGAAUACGGUUAUCAUUUAAGCUGGGAUAUGAUAUGCGCACAAUCACGAUGGGCUGGUCUUCUCCCUCCCUUGCCAUUAUCGACUGAAGGGAAAUCUUCACACGAUCAAUCAAAAUUGUCAACAUUUAAACGUUUCAAGGCAUCAAAUGCAGCCAGUGUUAUUUCACGUCAAUUGCACAAUUCAAAUGUACCGUUCACAAAUGAUUCACUGAAAUACAACUUCCAGCGUAAAUCAGAUUCUGUUGUUAGCUGUACAAAUAGUCAAUAUGAUUUUCCUGAUUGUCAAACACAUUUACUGGGAGUUUUAAUACCUUCAGGUGAAGCCUAUACACUGAUUACAAAUCAGACGGAUUUAAGUUCAUAUCUUGAAAAAUUGUCAACAGAAAUUCAAGAGAGUAGUACUCAUUCAAACAUCACUAGUAAAGAUUCAAUAGGCUUUAUUUUUGAACAAACUAAUUUUUUCACAUCUUCCGGUGGUCAAGACAGUGAUACUGGGUUUAUUUAUUCACCUUCUAAGAUUCAUCAAUUUCAAGUGAAUGAAACCACCUUUCUAACUGAUAAUACAUCAUCGAAUUCCCAAACUGAUGGUUGGGUGAUACAUUGGUGUCAAAGACCAAGUUCUGCCGUCUUAACUACUGAUUUAAGUAGUAAUCUCUGCUUUAAUCAACCUUUUACUUUAAGUAUAGACAAAGAGCGCAGAUAUAAUCUUAUGUGUUCACAUACUGGUCAACAUUUAUUCGCUACUGCUCUAGAAUCAUUAGUAGCACUAUCAGAUAAUUCAAAAAUGUCAACAUUUCAACAUCAUGGUGGCGCAUCACAUCCAAGUUACUUUACGUUGAAGGCUGCUUUUGUUGGACCAGCAGCAGAUCAGAUGAAUGAAAAUCUAGGUGGAUUUAUUCAACGAUUAGAAGAACUCUGUCGAGAAUUGAUCCAAAAGCAUAUCCCUAUAUCUGUUUGGAAUACAGAUGUGAGCAAGGCGACAAAAAUAAAAGAAGUAAGAUAUUUCCCAUGGGAAGAAUAUACCGAAAAAGUACGGACUGUGUGUAUUGGACAAGUGAAACCAACAUCCAGUGAUGGACAUGCUGAUGAAUCGGUCGAUUUUACUUCUGUUAUAUCAGCGGAAUUGUGCUGUGGUACGCAUCUUUCGCAAUUGUCAGAUUUACAAGAUAUAGCUGUGAUCGCGGUGAAAGGUCGUCAAAGCACUAUAAAAGAAUUCACCUGUAUUUUUGGUCAUUUAGCAAAAUCCGCUCAUCAACGUGCUAACACAUUAAUUAAAGAAGGUGAAUUAAGACAGAAACAAGCAUUGAAUAAUCCUCAGGAAACUGUUGAGCACAUUAAAUGGUUUGAAGGCAUUCUAAAUGAUUCCCACCAGCAACAUCAAUGUGGAUAUCUUCCAUUGUAUGCUCGUUUAGCGCUAGAAUCGAAUCUUCAUCGUAUUCAUAAUAAAAUCGGUAAUGAUGGUGAUGCUGGUGACGUAAUAGACGGUGUUCAAAUUCAGCUACAUGUUGACAAUUUAAGAGACCUGAUUUCAAGGAAUAAAAGCAGGAUUUCUGAUGUUAUUGUCUCAGGGUUCACUUUUAAUAAACCAGAUGAACUUGUCCUGGCUUUUCAACAACUCAAACCAUCUCAAUCAUUUGUUGUCUAUCAUAAGAAUGUAGCUGUUUGUUAUUUCCCAAGUCUACAAUUUAGUCAGACAGCAUUGAAUAUAGCUCAUCAGUUAGCUAAACAGUUAUCCGAUGAACAAUCGGUCGCUACUAGGCAUUUAUACGUCAAAGGUCGACCUUUACGUUCGUCUCAUUUGAUGAUGCAUAGCAAUAAUGAUACUGAUCGAUAUAAAUAUGCAUGUCUUCAACUCUUGCCUACAUCAUCAGCUAAUACAACGACAACAACAGCAACAACAACGACAACUGGAGAUGAAGUAGCGCCAAUGAAUCCUUCAGAUUGGAAACAGUAUCAUGAUUUAUUAUGUGACUGUGUCAAUUCAGUUCAAAUGAAUUACUCCAAUGAAGGCUGAUUCAACGCAAAGCUCAAUAGGAUUAUUAUUAUUAUUAUUAUGCUAUUAUUAUUAACGGCACAACAACGUUAGCGAAAAGCCACUGGUAUAUAUACCUUUUACCCUAAUUGAUUGAUAUGUAAAUGUGCCUUAUUAUUAUUACUACAGUUGAAAGAGGGCAAUUGAAUCCCCUCUAUUCUGUUUGUAAAAUCCUUUCCCUCCUCCUGCGGCUACCUGUACUCUUAUAUAAAUAGAAAUACUUAUCAUGAAAUAUACGAUAGAGC